AUGAGCCACAGUCCGGAAAGGAUGUCCUCAUACCGCCGUCAUUUCGAGGAGGAGGCCUCCUCUGUCUACCAGCUCCGGGGGUCCAGUCCCUCUCCCACCCGCAGGGAGACCCGCCACCGGUCAGUCAGUGUCACGAGAAGUUCUUCAACAAUGGGACGCAGGGCUUUACAGAAGUCUCAUAUGAGGAGCAGUGUCAGUAUGGGAUCGCUGUGCUUGGGUAUGUCCAUGGGGCUUGGGCCAAAACUGGACCUGGAUGCAGCUGCUGCAGAGAAUCAAGCUUUUAUGGUGACUCGAUCUAAUGAGAGGCGGGAGAUGGUCACCCUAAAUGACCGCCUGGCGGCUUAUAUUGAAAAGGUCAGGACACUGGAGUCAAAAAACAAGGUGCUGGAAGCUGACAUUGAAGGCCUGAAGGCCCGCCAUGAAAGAUCAUCGGUCCUCAGGCAGCUGUACGAGUCUCAGCUGAGAGACCUCAGCAGCGAUGCUGAGCAGAUGAGAAUCCAAAGGGAUAUGUCUUCGGCAACCAAAGAGGCGAUGUUGACCCAGUUUAACACGCUUAAGGCCAAAUACGAUGAGGCGGUGGAGGCCAGGAAGAAGAAGGAGCACAACAUUGAGACUCUCCGUCCAGAUGUGGAUAAAGCAACAUCAGCUCGCAUUGCUCUGGAAAAACAACUGGAAAACCUGGAGACUGAUCUGACCUUCCUGCAAAGAGUUUACAAGGAGGAAAUUGAGGAGCUGAUGCAACAGCUUUAUUCAGCAAAAUAUAAGAUGGAUUUGACCUUUGACCUCCCAGACCUCUCCUCUGCUCUCAGAGAGAUUCAGUGUCAGUAUGACAGCAUUGCGGCCAAAAACCUACAGGAAAUGGACAGCUGGUACAAAACAAAGUUUCAGGACUUGAACAACGCCUCAGCGAAACAUGUUCAAAGCGUGCGAAGCCUGAGGGAGGAAAUAGCCGCAUAUAAGAAAGAUAUUCUUAACAAGGAACGUGAACUGGACAUGCUGAAGACGAGGAAUGAGUAUUUGGAGGCUCAGGUCCAGGAAGCAGUGGAGAAACACAAGGGGGAGGAGGGCAACCUACAGGACCGUGUAGAGGCCAUACAGCUGGACCUAAAGUUGACCAAGGAGAAGAUCGCCCUGCUGGUGCGCGAAUAUCAGGAACUACUGAACAUCCGAAUGGCUCUAGAAAUUGAGAUCACCACAUACAGGAAGCUGAUUGAAGGAGAAGACAGCCGUCUGAACACUACGGUUCGUAACCAGUCUCUAACUGGGGGGUUAUACAUCACUUCUGGUGCGCACGUCGCCCCAGCUUUAGCCUCAGACGGUCCUGCCCCCGCUCUACCUCCAAAGGUAGAGGCUUCCGCUGGUGGCACAAGCAGCGGAAGAGAUAAGAAGCCUCCAGGUGGUAGACGAGUGGAGAUGGUUUCAUCUGACACCCAAACAGAGAGUAGGUUUGAGGAACAAGCAACUAAGAGGACUGAGCGGAAGACCGUCCUCAUCAGAACAGUUAAGACGGAUGACGACACUUAUGAGAGUAACACACAGGAACGCAUCAUUACCAUCUCCGGAGCAGCCGACGACGCAGAUGAAGAAUGAACCAUUCGUCACUCGCAACCUUUGUAGAUCUAUACAUCAUGCCAGAGUUUCGCUGCUUUGAGUGUCCUCAAACUCAGAGGUGGUAAGAAGAAGCUGUACCUGUAG